CUUAGGGUUGCGAUGUCCACUUGGUAGAUGCCUGCUCCAUUUCCGACAGUGUACGCUCUCUCUCCUCUCUUCUACAACAGUUCUUGUCCACCCGUUCGCCAUGGAUAAGUCCGAAGAACUCCCAAAGUAUAGCAUCAUUGAUCACGUGGCGCAGCCUCCUUGCCGCCGUCGUCAACGUCGGAGAGCUCUCCGAGUCGUGCUGUUGUUAUGCCUGGGAUAUGUUGCAUACCAAACAUUUUGGCGUGAGGAUCGCGUCCUCGCACCACCCGAGAACACAGCUAUCACAAAACAAGCACUACAAAACGACCAUGAUCAUUGCACCAAAUUGAGGUAUAUACCUCAAGAUCCUCAUGGGUUCCGUGAUGUUAGUGCCCGGCACGUUCCCGGUCAGAAACCUAUCUUGAUACGCAAUGCCACGGUAUGGACUGGCGAACCUUCAGCCGAUGUCACGGCAGAAGAAGCCCGAGAUGGCAAAGGUUACGAAUGGAUUCGAUCAGACGUGCUUCUCCAAAAUGGCCUGAUUGUCAAGGUUGAAUCGACUAUCAAGAAUGAAGACCUCCCUCAUGGUGUCGAGAUUGUUGAUGCUCAUGGUCGACAGUUGACUGCAGGAAUCGUAGACAUGCACAGCCACGCGGGCGUCGACUCUUUGCCAGGCCUGCAUGGUAAUGACGAUACCAAUGAGCUCUCUCGCGACACAACGCCAUUCGUACGAUCCAUUGACGGCUUCAACCCGUUGGAUCCGCACAUCAAAGUCAUCAAAUCCGGAGGGGUCACAACGAGUCUCAUCCUCCCCGGGAGUGGAAACAACAUGGGGGGCGAAGCGUACGUUGUCAAGCUCAACGUUGGAAAGGCCAGUGGUCGAUCCGAGUUGAGCAUCGAAGAUAUGCUCGCAGACCCCGAUCAUACCUGGCGUUAUAUGAAGAUGGCAUGCGGUGAGAACGCCAAAAGCGUGUAUGGCAAAGAAGGAAGGGACUUUGGACCAUUUUCAAGGCUCGGUGAGGCGUGGUAUUUCAGACAUGCUUUUGAGCAAGCAACGAAGCUCAAGAAUGCCCAAGAUGACUGGUGUGAAACUGCUGAUCGUAUUGGAGCUCGCAAUAUGCCAUCUCGUUUACCUUUGGAGCUGAAAUGGGAAUCCCUUGCAGCGCUCCUGCGCGGCCAAGUACUACUCAACACGCACUGCUACACGGUCACUGACUUCGAGUCGUUUAUUGGUCACACAAACGAAUUCAACUUCUCCAUCCGAGCGUUCCACCAUGCACACCAAGCGUAUCUCAUACCCGAAGUGCUGAAAAGAGCACAUGGAGGUCGCACGCCAGCCGUGGCACUGUUCGCCGACAAUAUGAAUUAUAAGGCUGAAGCAUACAUCGCCUCGGAGCAAGCCGGGAAGAUUCUACAUGAAGCUGGCGUGACUCCAGUCUACGUCUCCGACAAUCCUGUCAUUAACUCGCAGCAUGUGCUCCUGGAAGCGGCGAAAGCGUACAAGAAUGGACUUAAAUAUCAUGUCGCCUUAGCAGGAGUCACCAGUGCCUCUGCAGAGAUUCUCGGACUCGGUAAUCGAAUGGGCAAGGUCAAGGCCGGCUUCGAUGCCGAUGUUGUGAUCUGGGACUCAGAUCCGUUAUCACUCGGGGCGACACCGUUACAGGUAUUCAUUGACGGCAUUCCACAAUUUAAGGAACCAGUCACAAUUGGCAAACCAAUAUCAAAAUCAAUCCAACACCUUGAGGACAAUGAUGUUCGUACCGAGCAUGUUGAUGUACAAGAUCUGAUUGUGUCCGGAGUGACCAAGAUCCUCGGCGCCGACCGAUUCGGGAGCCUUGCUGGACACGAAUUUCCAGGCAACAUGGUCAUACAUCAAGGAAAGAUUGUCUGUGUUGGAACUUGUGCUUCCGAAAUUACUGCCGCUACCAAUGCCAGGCGCAUUUACCUUCGGAACGGCCACGUCACACCCUCACUGACCGCGUUUGGCUCGCUCCUCGGCCUCGAAGAAAUCCAAGCUGAAGAUGAUACUUCCGAUGGCGCCAACGAUCAGGAUUCCUUUAGUGCCGCACUUGAUGGUCUCGCGUUCGAGGGCAAAAACCUCGAUGCCGCGCUUUCUCACGGCGUCACCCGAGCCAUCUCUGCACCAGCCUUCAAUGGCGGCGGCCACAAGGGUAUCAGCGCUGGCAUUCGCAUCGCAGCCAAACAUGCCUUGCAACCCGGCGCAGUAUGGAGCUCUGCCGUCGCAGUCCACUACAGCCUAGGUCUAGGUGCAAAGCAAGGACGAACGCCCAGCUUCUCCAGCGCCAUUAACGAUCUCAAAUCCAAACUUCUCAAAGCCUCGCGCCCCAAAUCUUCCGAGAGCAACGAUGACUCCUUGGAGAAAUCCCUCGAAGAUUCCUCUCUUGCCAGCGUCGCAUCAGGCAACGCCUCCCUGAUAAUCGACGUCCACUCCGCCGACGCCAUUGCCUCUCUCCUGCGCCUGAAAUCCGAGUUCGACGCCAAAAGCAACACAGCCCUCCGCCUCGUGAUCCUCGGCGGCGCCGAAUCCCACCUCCUCGCUCCUGAGCUAGCAUUGGCGAAUGUCCCCGUCAUCCUCGCCCCAGUCUUCGCAUAUUCCACCACCUGGGACCAACGUCGCAGUCUCUCCGGCGCGCCCUUGACCAACGGUACGGCCAUUGACGUCUUGCACGCCGCGGGGGUGAAGGUCGCAUUGGGUGUUGAUGAGGAUUGGGAAGCAAGGGAUCUGUUUGUCCAGGCGGGGAUCAUUGCGGCGAAUAGCCCUGGUGGGAAAAUUGGGGCUGGGGAGGCGAUUAAUUUGGCAUCGAGGAAUAUUUAUGAGAUUCUAGGCUUGGGUGGAAAGGAAGAGGAAGGGGAGGCGCUUGGGGAGUUCGUGGUCUGGGAAGGAUCUCCGUUGGAAAUUAACGGGCAGAUGAGAGCAGUGGGAGGAGGGAUGGGAAGCGUGAGAGUUUGGGAGUAGUGAGUUGACGGGAUCGGGGAGGUAGGAAGACGAUUUUUGAUAUCUCUCGACUCUUCUUGUACGACUAAGGAAGGCAUCCUCCCUCAGGGGAUCAUGUACAGUUAUGAGAUCUAUUGCAUGUGGGCAAGAAUGUAAACUGAACAUGCGUUCCCGCAAGAAUUCUCAUC